ACAAGGAAGUGAAUACAGCCAGGGCCUGAGCGUCAACUGUGAAGUGAAAGGAGCAGGUUAGAGCACAGAGAACAGGGCAGCUGUGCUAAGGAAGUGCUAGCUAGCUAACGUCAUCACUGGCUGUGCUCUCCGCAGCAGAGAGAGAAACAAAGAGUGACAGAAAGCGAACAAAACUGCAGAGCCUGCCACACAGAUAUACCAGGUGUCCUUCACUUACCCCCCUACUCACCCUACUCAGACCCACUACAAUGACAGACGAAAGGGAACCCUGGAGAGGAAGUGGAGGACCUGAUGAGGAUGAGCUACCGCAGAUGGAUGGGUCAUGUGAUGCGUGUGAACCUGAUGAGGCCCAGCCGGCGACCCAGGUGUGUCACACCUGCAGCUUCGCCUUCUGCCCUGCCCAUGCCGAGAAACACGCCUGCAGCACACGACACCAGCUGAUGCCCUACGGCCAGGAAGUGUUGCAGCCCCAGUCCCAACGGCUGGGCAGGGACAGAUACACAAGGGAGGGGGCAGGGGAGGAAAGGGUACAGGGAAUGAGGCCUGCGGCAGCGCCAGGAGUGGUGGAAAAUGGGGCAUGCGGUGGGGCUGGGAAACAAGACGGUGUGUGUGGAGGAGAGAGAGACCAGGGGAAGGGGAAGGUUGAUGAUGAAGAGGCAGUGGCGGCUCUAGAGGGGGUUAGUAAGAGGGACACAGUGACAGUGGAGAGGCUGCGCUGUAAGGAGCAUGGCCAGGAGGGCACUCUCUAUUGCAAGGCUGACGAGAAGGUAAUCUGUGUGGUGUGUGCCGUGCAGGGGGAGCACCGCGAACAUGAGAUCAUCACCCUGCGCGAGGCCUACGUCUGGCAGAAGAGCAGGGAGGGUUACGACCUGCUGGGCUGCACACAGAACAUGGCUGACCACAUCAAGACCAAGUGGACCAACCCUGAGAUGUCUACAGAGCAGUUGGAGGCGUAUGUUAACAGUCAGUUUGAUGACCUCUACCGGCUGGUUCGUCUGGAGGAGAAGAGGACCCUCCACCUGGUCGACCUGAAGGAAGCCUUCCUGACUGCCGCCGCCGCUGAGAAUAUCGCUGAGAUCACCAUCCACACCAAGCGGCUCCAGGAGGAGAUGACCUGCAUCACACAGCAAUUGGGCCAGCUGGACCAGGCUGGGGCACAGCCUGGGGCCACAUUAGCAGCCCUAGCCCAGGGAGGAGCACCUGGCCCAAGCCCCAGACCAACGCAGCGCAACAUUGAGGCCAGGCCAAGACUCCCUGAGCCGAGACGAGACCCCAGGGACUACGGAGAGGGCAGGUCCGGAUCCUCAAUGGGACACGCCCCCUGACAAAUCACCUCCCACACCUCUCUCUCCUCCUACCUCUCUCCAGGAGACCAACACUAGAGAGAGUCUCCUUUCCUCUGCAUGUCUGCUGAUGUUGGAGUGCCCUUGAAGAAGGCUGCUGGUGGUGUAACAAAAUGGAUCUUAUUGCUUUCAGAACUUUUAAAACUACAAUAACUAUUUUAAUUGAGGAGCAUGAUAUCCAUGCAAUCAAUUUCCGUCAGGCUCAGUUUUCACACCCAAUCAGAUCCUUGGCUGGUGAGCUUGGCUUAGAGAGGACUGUGGGUAGGAAAGCAUAGCGGCUGAGUGCCUGCUAAAACCCAACUGAAUAGAACAUGAAAUCCUGAAUGUGACACGCUGUGCUUUAAUUUAAUUUCUUCUGUAUAUUUUGAUUUGACAAGCAGCGUUGAAAAUAGAAAAGUUGACUGGUGACAGGACUUAGAUCAGAGGAGGAAUAUAGAAUGUACAGGACAAGGUGGGUGUUCCUGUUUUAUACUCUAAAGGGAAAUGUAUUACAGGUGUCUCCAAAAUCUUCCUUGAUGUAUAAACACAACCUAGCACUCACCUCUCAUCUCCUCUUCUUCUUCUACAAAUUCCCCCCAUUCCCUCCUCUUCUGUGUGUGUUUGUCAGAUCAAUCAGAUGAAGCAUUGACACAUAAUUAAUUUGUGAGAGCCUCGGAGUACAUGCUAGGUGAAAAUCAAAGUGUAUUUUGCCUGUAUGUAAUAUUCCUCUGUGCAGUGUCAGCAUUCUCUAAUACCAUGCCUCAUUACCCGAGACAAUCUGCACAGACAGUACAGUCCUGACUCCUGAUGACUAACUUCACACAGCACUGUCUUACUCCAUCAUGUCUUUCCUUAUUCACAUACAGAGGGUGUGUGUGUUUGUGUUUUGUUUGUGAUGUGAUCUAGAGACAAGUCUUAAUGUGAAAGGAGAAGGUGACCUUUGACCUAAUCAAUAUGACUUGAGUUGUGAACAAGACUCAGCCCUACCCAAUGGGAUCAUGUUAUUUUGUAGCAGUCAUAUAAUGAUUUCCAGAAAAAGAUGCAUUGAUUGUUUCUGUUCAGCAAUAAUGGUAAGAGUAAAGAGGGUGAAAAGAAAAUAGUCAAGACAUUAAAAUGUUUUAACUUUUGUUGUUGCCUUAAAUUAAUGAAUAAAUGAAAUGACAGAUAAUGGUUUCAGAAGCCUAUUGUCUCCCUUAGUAAUGUGUUACGCAAGCUGAGUCCUGUGAAGAGGUGUCUUCCAGUCCCAUAUCAAUCAAAUGUAUUUAUAAAGCCCUUUUUAGCUCAUGUCACAAAGUACUGUACAGAAACUCAGCCUAAAACCCCAAACAGCAAGCAAUGCAGAUGUAGAAGCACGGUGGCUAAGAAAAACUGCCUAGAAAGGCAAGAACCUAGGACAAAACCGAGCAAGGUACCAGACUCUGAGGGGUGGCCAGUCCUCUUCUGGCUGUGCUGGGUGGAGAUUAUAACAGUACAUGGCCAAGAUGGGCAAACAUUCAUAGAUGA